CACCAACCAAGCCACUGCAAAAUUGCUACAAAAAGAAAAAAGAAACCUAACACCCACACUACACCACUCUCAACUCCAAGACUAUAAAAUGUGAUUUGAUUCAUAGAGUAUCAACAUAUUUCCAAGCUGACUAAGUCAAAAUGCACGACACUAAAACUUUCAUCAAAGUUCAAAUUCUCAUAGCCACAAUCCUACUAGGUCUAGGCUUCACCGGCGGAAUAUACGUUCCGCCGCUGGGCCCCACUCCAUCAGUUACCGACAUAAUAACCUUCGCCGACCAGAGGCUAGCCGCCGUAUUCCCAAUCAUUCAGAAUUUCAAGAGCAUCAUAACCUCGGACCCCUUCAACAUCACCGCCACGUGGACAGGUGGGGAUGUGUGCGCCUACCGAGGCUUCUACUGCGAGAGCCCGCCCGACAACCAGUCCGCCACCGCAGUCGCCUCAAUCGACUUCAACGGGUUCCGCCUCGCCGCCCCGACGCUCGACGGCUUCCUCGACCGGCUCCCGGACCUCGCCCUCUUCCACGCCAACUCGAACGACUUCGGCGGCGCGAUCCCCUCGAGGGCCGCGUCGCUCCCGUACCUCUACGAGCUCGACGUCAGCAACAACCGCCUCUCGGGCCCGUUCCCCGAGGCCGUCCUCGGCAUGUCGGGCCUCGUAUUCCUCGACCUCCGGUUCAACGCCCUCUCGGGGGCCGUCCCGCCUCAGCUCUUCGGCCGCGCAGUUGGCCUCGACGCCCUCUUCAUCAACAACAACCUACUCGCCACGCGCCUCCCCGACAACCCGGGGGGCCCCACAAGCAUCGUGUACCUCACGCUCGCAAAUAACCUAAUUUUCGGCCCAAUCCCGAGGAGUAUUUCUAGAACCUUCUCGAAUGUCUCCGAGAUUCUUCUUCUCAACAACCUCUUGAGCGGCUGCCUCCCAUAUGAGAUCGGGUUUCUCACGGAGGCGGCCGUCAUCGACCUAGGCGGCAACCGGCUCACGGGGCCGGUGCCGUGGUCGGUGGGGUGCCUGCGGAGCCUGGAGGUGCUGAACCUCGCCGGAAACCAGCUGUACGGGCAGGUGCCGGAGGUGCUGUGCUGGCUGGGGAAGGCGGCGAACCUGUCGCUAUCGGACAACUAUUUCACGCGCGUGGGGCCCGCAUGCUGGCGCCUGGUGAUUAGUGGGGUUUUGGACGUGAGGAGGAAUUGCAUUCCGGGAUUUCCGGCGCAGCGCUCGGUCGCGGAGUGCGCGGCGUUUUUCGGGCGGCCGAGGUUUUGCCCGUACAUGCGGAUGUACGGCCAUAUCCCGUGCCGCCUGCCGCCGCGCUACGUGGCCUCCGCCUCUGAUCGGCCUCAGCUUGCUCCGUCGCCGUCGUGAUCUUCGUUUCUACUAAUAGUUUGUCGUUGGAUUCAUCGUAAAAAAUUGUGGAUAUUUAUCAUAUACGGUAGUAUAGUAUUUAAUUUGCUAGAUUUCAGUUUUAUAAAUUUAUUAGUGAAAAUUCUUGAAUUUUUUUUUAGAUUUUAGGAAUAUUGAACCAACUAGAUUGCACUUAUUUUUGAGAUAAUAAUAAAUGAUCGAAAUGUAAAAUUUGAAA